AGAAGAAGUUAAACAGUGUUUUUGAUAACAAACGAAAAUUAUUUGAGAAAAUCUGGAGAAGAACCGGCAAUUGAGCGAUGGAAACACAACCUGAGGUGCCCGAGGUGCCGCUGCGUCCGUUUAAACUGGCGCAUCAGGUUGUGAGUCUCACGGGCAUCAGUUUCGAGCGGAGGAGCAUUAUAGGCGUGGUCGAGCUAACCAUUGUACCAAAUAGUGAAAAUCUACGACUCAUCCGUCUAAACGCGAAGCAACUGAGGAUCUACAGCGUCGUUUUGAACGAUGUCUGCCAGGCGGAGUUCAUCUACUUCGAUCCCUUCCAGGACAUCUCGCACAAGGAUCCUAAGAGCCGCGUGCUGGAGGUCUACUCCAAGCACCAUCUGAACGCCGCCCAGAUCACCGAUCCGGAUGCGAACAACGGCGAGCUGAUGAUCCAGGUUCCCCCCGAGGGCUACUCGAUGAUCCAGGAGGGUCAGGGUCUGCGCAUCCGCAUCGAAUUCUCACUGGAGAGUCCCAAGAGCGGCGUCCAUUUCGUCAUACCGCCAGCAUCCACGGAUGAGGAGUCGCAGAUGAACUGCUCGCAUAUGUUCACCAAUUGCUAUGAGAACUCCACGCGUUUGUGGUUUCCCUGCGUGGAUAGCUUUGCGGAUCCGUGCACCUGGCGGCUGGAGUUCACGGUGGACAAGAAUCUGACGGCUGUUUCGUGUGGAGAGCUAGUGGAAGUCAUUAUGACCCCGGAUCUAAGGAAGAAAACCUUUCACUAUACAGUAACCACUCCUGUGUGUGCCCCGAAUAUCGCGCUGGCUGUGGGUCAGUUCGAGAUCUACGUGGAUCCGCAUAUGCACGAGGUGACCCACUUUUGCCUGCCCGGAAUGCUGCCGCUGCUGAAGAAUACGGUUCGCUACCUGCACGAGGCCUUCGAGUUCUUCGAGGAGACUUUGUCCACGCGCUAUCCGUUCUCCUGCUACAAACAGGUGUUUGUAGACGAGUUGGACACGGACAUCAGUGCGUAUGCCACCAUGAGCAUCGCCUCGGUGAAUCUGCUGCACUCGAUAGCGAUCAUCGAUCAAACCUAUGUAUCUCGAACCUUUAUGUCGCGUGCCGUGGCCGAGCAGUUCUUCGGUUGCUUCAUCACCUCGCAUCACUGGUCGGACACCUGGCUGGCCAAGGGCAUUGCGGAGUAUCUGUGUGGAUUGUAUUCGAGGAAGUGCUUCGGCAACAACGAGUACCGCGCCUGGGUGCAAUCAGAAUUGGCGCGAGUGGUUCGGUAUGAAGAGCAAUACGGCGGCAUCAUCCUCGAUUGCAGCCAGCCUCCAGCUCCUUUGCCUGUUUCUGGCACAAAUCCAUCGACUGCCGCCAGCAAGCAGCAGGAAAUUGUCCACUAUUUCCCCAUCAAGAGUUUGCACACUGUGUCGCCGAAAUAUGUGGAAGCGAUGCGCAGGAAGGCUCACUUGGUUAUCCGGAUGCUGGAGCAUAGAAUUGGCCAGGAGCUGCUCAUUCAGGUGUUUAACAAACAACUGGCAUUGGCAACCAAUGCGGCGUCCACGAAAAUAGGGGCAGGACUGUGGUCUCAGUUGCUCAUCUCCACCAACAUUUUCAUCAAGGCAAUCUUUACGGUGACGGGCAAGGAUAUGUCUGUAUUCAUGGACCAGUGGGUGCGCACUGGAGGCCAUGCCAAGUUCUCGCUCACAUCGGUCUUUAAUCGCAAGAGGAACACAAUCGAACUGGAGAUCCGUCAGGAUUUCGUUAAUCAGCGGGGAGUGAGGAAGUACAAUGGUCCUUUGCUGGUGCAACUGCAGGAAUUGGACGGAACUUUCAAGCACACGCUGCAGAUUGAAAAUACCCUGGUGAAGGCGGAUAUCACUUGUCACUCGAAAAGUAGGCGUAAUAAGAAAAAGAAAAUCCCUUUGUGCACCGGCGAGGAGGUGGACAUGGAUUUAUCAGCCAUGGACGACUCACCUGUGCUGUGGAUUCGCCUCGAUCCGGAGAUGAUUUUGCUGCGUGAUCUGAUCAUUGAGCAGCCCGACUUCCAGUGGCAGUAUCAGCUUCGCCAUGAGCGCGAUGUUACGGCCCAAUUUCAGGCCAUUCAGGCCCUGCAGAAGUAUCCAACGAAUGCCACCAGGCUCGCCUUAACGGACACUAUCGAGAGCGAGCGUUGCUUCUACCAAGUACGCUGCGAGGCGGCCCACAGCCUGACCAAAGUGGCCAACCAGAUGGUGGCCUCCUGGAGUGGCCCACCCGCCAUGCUGAACAUAUUCAGGAAAUUCUUUGGCUCCUUUAGUGCUCCGCACAUCAUCAAGCUGAAUAACUUUUCCAACUUCCAGCUGUACUUCCUGCAGAAGGCGAUUCCCGUGGCAAUGGCGGGUCUCCGAACCUCACAUGGAAUCUGUCCGCCGGAAGUGAUGCGUUUCCUCUUCGAUCUCUUCAAGUACAAUGAGAAUUCGCGUAACCAUUACACGGAUGCCUACUACAGAGCGGCUUUAGUGGAAGCUCUGGGCGAAACACUAACACCUGUGGUCUCCGUUGCCAUCCACGGCACUCAGAUCACCACAGACAGUCUUUCUACAGAUGCAAAAUUAGUGCUCGACGAAGUCACGCGUCUGCUGAACAUGGAGAAGCACCUGCCGUCGUACAAGUACAUGGUUUCCGUUUCCUGCCUGAAGGUCAUCCGAAAGCUACAGAAGUUCGGUCACCUGCCCUCACUCCCUCACAUUUACCGCAGCUAUGCGGAAUAUGGUAUUUAUUUAGAUCUCCGCAUUGCGGCCAUGGAGUGUCUGGUGGACUUUGUAAAGGUUGAUGGACGUAGCGAGGAUCUGGAGCAUUUGAUCACGCUGCUCGAAACGGAUCCCGAUCCGGCUGCCCGCCAUGCGCUGGCUCAACUCUUAAUAAACAAUACGCCCUUCACCCGCGAAUCUCGCAGCCGGCUGGAUAAACCGAAUCUGGUGGAUCGCCUGUGGUUCAGCAUCAACACGCUGGCCUACGACACCAAGCUGCGUUGCGAUAUCGUGGACUUGUACUACGCUUUGUAUGGGAGCAAGCGGCCGAGUUGUUUGCAGGCCGGUGAGAACCAGAGCUUCUACAAGGAUUUGAUGAAGGAUAAUGGUGGCAGUGCAAGUAGUGUGACCGGCAGUUUUAAGAAGACCAGCGAUUCCAAACCGCCGCCGCCACCACUAAUGGAUAUUGAGCCGCAGGAGCGGCACAAGCCCGCCUUGGUUACGAUCAAGCGAACGGCCACAGAAGCCUUCGAGGUGGGCGAUGAGAUUAUCAAGCUGGAGCGCAGCGAGGAGAUCACCGUGCUGGAUGAACCAGUCAACGUUCAGGCCUAUGAUAGCGAGACCAAGGUGAAUAUUCUGCCGGCCGAUGACGAGGCACCCGAAUCGCAUCAGGUGACCAAGCGCCUCAAGACCGAAAUCUACGCCGAGGAUGAUAACUCCUCCAUAAUGCUGGACGUGGGCGAUUCCACGAGAUACGAGAGCAGCUACGAGGAGGGCAAGUUCAAGUCGGGCGAUGGUCUGCUCAAGAAGAAAAAGAAGAAGGACAAGAAGAAGCAUAAGCACAAGCACAAGCAUAAGCACAACAAGGACAAGGAUAAGGAUCGCGAGCGCAAGGAUAAGGACAAGCGGGAUCCGCAGAUAUCGCGCCUGCAGGCCAAAGAAACAGCCACACCCGACACGCUCAGCUCGGCGGACAGUAGCAACAGCAACAGCCUGCCGCCCAUGAACCUUAACUAAGUGAGGGUUCCAGAUGCA